UUGAAGUUCAAGGUUAGUGUCGGGAACAUGGCGUUGGUCAGUAAAUACUUGACAACUAAGAACUCUUCCAUAGCUGGGGGUAUAUUGCUUCUUCUGUAUUUCCUAAAGCAAAGGCGACGUUCGGCCAAGUUAAAUGGUAAAAAAGGUGUCCCAGAGGUUCUAGUGAGCUCCAGUAAGGAUGGAAAGAAAGACCGUGCAAGAGUGGAUAAGGUGUUCUUUGUUCGCCUUUGCCGGAUCAUAGGCAUCAUGGUUCCACAUAUAUUCUGCAAAGAGUCUGGCUACCUGCUUCUCAUCGCAGCUAUGCUUGUGUCUCGGACAUACUGUGAUGUGUGGAUGAUCCAGAAUUCCACCAUGAUAGAAAGUGCAAUUAUCGGACGCAACAUAACAUAUUUCAAGAAGCACUUGUUCAGCUUCAUCAAAAUCAUGCCAUUUAUAUCACUGGUGAACAAUUUCUUGAAGCUGGGUCUGAACGAGCUCAAGCUUUGCUUUCGCGUGAGACUAACCAAGCACCUCUACGAAGAAUAUUUGAAAGGUUACACAUACUACAAAAUGGGAAACCUGGACAACCGUAUUGCAAACGCAGACCAGCUCCUAACACAGGAUGUAGAGAGGUUCUGCAACAGUGUGGUGGACCUUUAUUCCAACAUAAUCAAGCCCCUGCUUGAUAUCAGCCUGUACAUCUUCAAGCUGACGACAGCCAUCGGUGCUCAGGGGCCUGCAGCCAUGAUGGCAUACCUUAUGGUCUCUGGGCUGAUACUGACGAGGUUAAGAAGGCCCAUUGGCAAAAUGACUGUCACGGAGCAGAGGUACGAAGGGGAGUACCGAUAUGUCAACUCACGUCUACUCACAAACAGUGAGGAGAUUGCCUUCUACCAUGGUAAUGUGAGAGAAAAGCAGACAAUCCACUCAGCCUUCAAUAAACUGGUUAAUCAUUUGCACAACUUCAUAUUCUUCCACUUCUCCAUGGGGUUUGUGGACAGUAUCAUUGCGAAGUACUUUGCGACCGUGGUGGGCUAUUUGGUGGUGAGCCGGCCAUUCCUGGACCACUCCCACCCCCGUCACCAGAACAGCACACAUGGCGAGCUGAUGGAGGACUACCACCAGAGUGGCCGCAUGUUGCUGAGCAUGUCCAUCGCUCUAGGGAGGAUUGUUCUGGCCGGAAGGGAAAUGACCAGGCUGUCUGGGUUCACCGCCCGUAUCACUGAGUUGUCAAAGGUACUUAAAGAUCUGAAUGCUGGGAAAUACGAGCGAACCAUGGUCUCUCAAGAGAAAGAAAUGGAAGGCUUUCAAAAAGCACUAGUCCCAGGAAGUGGAGAGAUCAUCAAUGCAGACAAUCUAAUCAAGUUUGAGCACACACCCUUAGCAACACCCAACGGAGACAUUCUAAUCAGAGACUUGGCCAUAGAGGUAUCAUCUGGAACCAAUGUUUUGGUCUGUGGUCCUAAUGGUUGUGGGAAGAGUUCACUUUUCAGAGUCCUUGGAGAGCUUUGGCCCCUGUUUGGGGGCCGCCUCACCAAACCAGAGAGAGGAAAGCUGUUUUACGUUCCCCAGAGGCCGUACAUGACCCUGGGCUCCUUGAGGGAUCAGGUGAUCUAUCCAGACACACACAGCGACCAGAGAAGCCGAGGAAUCUCAGAUCAGGUGCUGAAGGAGUAUCUGGACAACGUCCAGCUGGGACACAUCCUGGACAGGGAAGGCAGCUGGGACUCAGUGCGGGACUGGAUGGAUGUCCUCAGCGGUGGGGAGAAACAGAGAAUGGCUAUGGCACGGCUCUUCUAUCACAAGCCCCAGUUCGCCAUCCUGGAUGAGUGCACCAGUGCAGUGAGUGUUGAUGUGGAAGACUACAUCUACAACCACUGCAGGAAGGUUGGCAUUACUUUGUUCACAGUUUCUCAUAGAAAGUCUCUAUGGAAACACCAUGAGUACUACCUGCAUAUGGAUGGAAGAGGGAACUACGACUUCAAACCCAUUACAGAGGAGACGGUGGAGUUUGGGUCAUAAGGCGUGACAUAUUCUUAUGGUCCCAGAGGGCUCUUGCAAAACAAUAUGCCCAAGUAUCGCUUGAGGAAUGUGUGUGAAAGUUCAUUAAGAUAAGAUAUCUUCCUCCACCUGAUUAACCAGGGCUAUGGUUUAUACCCAACAUGGUGGCAACUGUGAUUUUAGCACCAGUGAUUUUAGUACUGCAGUGCAAUACUCAUUGUGAGACAUUCUAAGCAAUGGAGCUUGAGAACAUGUAGUUGAAUCAGGGUUGGUUGCCAUUGCACUCGCACAAGCUUUGUUUUGGAGGUGACUGGCACAGCCAGUAUUAGUUAAUACAAUAGUACUAUAUUCAAUUCUGAGUAGUUCACAUUAAUGGUGUAUGUCGUGCUCCAGGCUUUUAGAAUAUUGACACAUACCCUGUCAGGUACAUACUGUAGAAAUGAGCAUCGCCUAAGUUGGCUAAUUUACAAAAAUUACGUAUGAAUGUUUUGACUCUACAAUAAAUCUGUCAGAAAUCCUUUAA